AUGCUGCUGCUCGACACGCCAAUCAUGGGGCAAAAGACGGCCAAGCUCAUCAUCUACGAGAGCGACGUCGACGACGACGAGAUUCCUCUGCACGUGCUUGACGACAUUCAAGCCAACCGCCGCUUUAUCUGGUGGGCGCUGCUCUUCCUCAACGGCUCGUGUCUCUGGGCGUACUUCUCGUGCCUCUCGGCGCAGUCGUACUACUUUUCGCGCUUUGCCAAUUCAACGACGGUCCAGUUUGAGUACUUGACGACGCCCGUCACGACGUGGCCGAUGCUGCUCGCCCAGCUCGUGCAAGUCAUCUUUGGUCUCGACAAGAAGCUCGGCAUGUGGAACCGCGUGCGCAUUGGUUUUUCGCUCUAUACGCUCUGCGCUAUUGCGAUCCUCCUCCAAGACAUCCUCGACGCAUCGCCCGAGACGGGCGCGACGAUUGUUCUCGUCGCGUUUGGCGUCGUCGGCUUGACCAACUCGCUCACGGAAGCCGCGUUCUUUGCCCUCUCGGCGCUCUUUCCCGAAGCCGCGUUUACCAAUGCGAUUCAAUUGGGCAACGGCACAUCCGGCAUCAUCAACAUUUCGCUGCACAUGCUUCUGCAGCUCCUCGUUGGCGGCGCGACACAUCACAAUGACGACACGGUGCACGUCCAGAAAGUCUCGUUCUAUAUCUUUUUUGGCAUCUUUAUUGGGGUGUGCGUCUUGGCAGUCGUCAUCUUUCACAAGCUCCUCCGUAUCCCAAGCGUGCACUACCUUGUCGAGCGCAACGACAUGGAGACGACAAAGCGCUCCGCGAACCGCGAGACGCUCCUCGACAUGUGGGCGCGGCUGGGCCGCAUCGCGCGGGCGAUCGCGCUGCCGCUGGCCAGCCAGUUUCUUAUCUACGUGUGCUCGUUGUCGGCGUUCCCGGGUCUUGGUAUCGCGUCCGCGUCCCAGCUCGCCAGCGAUCCGUCCGUGACCGCGUGGUACGUCGACGGCGUCCUCCUCUGCUACAACUAUGGUGACUUUUUCGGUCGCGCCUGGUCGCCGAAAUUGUACCCGUACUUUUCGCUUCCGUCGUGCUUUACGUGGACGGUCGCGCGCUUCGUGCUCUUUCUUGGCGUGCUCAUGGGGCUUCCAGGCAACGGCGCCAACCCGCUCUUCGUCAUGGCCGACGCCCACACGCUCAACCUGAUUUGGCUCCUCGCCAUCAAUUUUAUCCUGGGUCUUUCAACGGGCGUGCUCAGCACGAUCACGUUUGGCCUCGGACCGCGUCUCGUGCCGCAAGAGGACCGCGAGUCGGCGAGCGCCAUCAUGUGUCUCGGGCUCUUCCUCGGUAUCACCACGGGGUCCACGCUUGGCUGGCAAUUUGGGCGCAACCACUGGCUCGGCGCAUAA